AUGGGCAUUGAAACGCUCAAUCAGCGUAUCGUUCAUGAUCGGAAUCGUAUCACCGCUGGAGGCGUCACCGCUGGUAUCGACUUUGGUCUAAGCCUCCUACAGCUCCUCAAGGGUGACGACGUCGCCAAGCUGACCCAACUCCUUAUCGAGUACAACCCUGAACCUCCCAUCCACGCUGGUUCGCCAGAAGCUGCAGGACCAGAGCUCGUGGCUACUGCGCGCCAAACGUUUCAGAGCCAUGUUGACAAAGCCGUCCAGAUCCUCGCAACGCCCGCUUCGCUUUGA